UGUUCGACGUGCAAGCCAAAAAUCUUUCAAAGUACCGUACAAAAAGCAUUGGCGAAUGCCACUUUCUCGAGUCUCAGCCCCAUUAAAACACCGUAGACGUACGAAAACGAUCAUUUAUUCCAAGUGCCGUUGGUUCUAAAGCCCUUCGAAAUGGGGAUAAAAUUCUUGGAGGUGAUCAAGCCGUUCUGCAGCAUUUUGCCUGAAAUUGCCAAACCAGAACGAAAGAUCCAAUUCAGGGAGAAGGUGUUAUGGACUGCAAUCACACUGUUUAUCUUCUUAGUAUGCUGUCAGAUUCCACUUUUCGGAAUAAUGAGUUCAGAUUCAGCGGAUCCGUUCUACUGGAUUCGAGUUAUCCUGGCCUCAAACCGAGGAACGCUUAUGGAACUGGGUAUUUCACCAAUUGUCACGUCUGGACUGAUUAUGCAGUUGUUGGCCGGCGCAAAGAUUAUUGAAGUCGGCGACACCCCCAAGGACAGAGCUCUGUUCAAUGGGGCGCAAAAACUGUUUGGAAUGGUUAUCACCGUGGGACAAGCGAUCGUGUAUGUAAUGACGGGAAUGUAUGGCGACCCGGCUGAAAUUGGAGCUGGAGUGUGUCUACUGAUCAUCAUUCAACUGUUUGUGGCGGGUCUGAUUGUGCUUUUACUCGAUGAGCUGUUGCAAAAAGGAUACGGAUUGGGCUCGGGUAUAUCGCUGUUCAUUGCCACCAAUAUCUGCGAAACCAUCAUCUGGAAAGCAUUCUCGCCAGCCACAGUCAACACUGGAAGAGGAACCGAAUUUGAGGGAGCCGUCAUUGCGUUGUUCCACUUGCUCACCACCCGCCAAGACAAAAUCCGAGCGCUCCGUGAGGCGUUUUAUCGCCAAAACUUGCCUAAUCUCAUGAACCUGCUGGCCACUGUCCUGGUGUUUGCUAUAGUGAUAUACUUCCAAGGAUUCAGAGUGGAUUUGCCAAUCAAGAGCGCCAGAUACCGCGGCCAAUACUCCAGCUACCCGAUCAAGCUUUUCUAUACUUCGAAUAUCCCCAUCAUUCUCCAGUCCGCUUUGGUGUCGAACUUGUACGUAAUUUCGCAGAUGUUGGCCGUGAAGUUCCAAGGAAACAUCCUGAUUAACUUGCUGGGAGUUUGGGCGGAUGUUGGAGGCGGCGGUCCAGCCAGGUCUUACCCAAUUGGAGGUUUAUGCUACUAUCUUUCACCCCCCGAGAGCGUUAGUCACAUUUUAGAAGAUCCAGUACAUGCUCUGCUCUACAUCGUCUUCAUGUUGGGAUCCUGUGCCUUUUUCUCCAAAACUUGGAUCGAAGUGUCGGGCAGUUCAGCCAAAGACGUAGCCAAACAGCUCAAAGAACAACAGAUGGUGAUGAGAGGACAUCGGGACAACUCAAUGAUCCACGAACUGAACCGCUACAUUCCAACUGCUGCAGCUUUCGGUGGUCUCUGUAUCGGCGCUUUGUCCGUUUUGGCCGACUUCUUGGGCGCAAUCGGUUCGGGCACGGGUAUUCUACUGGCCGUUACCAUCAUCUACCAGUACUUCGAAAUCUUCGUCAAGGAACAAAGUGAAAUGGGUGGAAUGGGAGCGCUUUUGUUCUAAGGCCCUUGACUGAGCCGCGUGUGAUGUUGGUGCCCAAGACGCAAAUGUGUGUGUGCGAUUAGUAAUAUUUUUCAAUAGAUUCUAGAUAGGUGUAAUAUACUGCAAGGGUGUAUACAAUUCUGUACAAAGUACAUGUUUUUUUGUACUGGACUUGUUACGAACGAAAAAUAUAUUUUCAUUGUAUAUUUACAUGCUUUUGCGUUUGGUAAGUUAGUUGUAUUUUUUAUUUUUACAUCAUUGUCAUUAUGAUUGCAUAUCCAUACGGUUGUGUAUGAGUUUCUCGUGUAUGAGGAGUAAUUUAUUGAAUAAAGUUAAUUUUAUGACAAUUUUUCAUAAA